AAAGUUUACAUGGUUUACAAUCGGUGAACGGUGAUUGUUAUUUUUCCGAAUAAAUUCAUACAUGGCCUAAAAGUGACAUAUUUUGAAACACGCGUUACCAUUUUUAUUUCGAAUAUUAUGUAAAAAAUCGCGUACAUAGAUCUAUUCUACGAUUAAAUCACACUCGAGUUAAUAAUCCGCUUUACCCGAGUUGUUUGUAAAAUUGAAAAUUAAAUGUGUUAUGAAAUGUAUAGUAUAAAAAAAGAGGACAUCAAAUGGCGUACAUAAAAGUUCAUUGUUCUUUGAUAGUGUAAUUACUUUUGGUAAUGAAUUUUCGCAAUAUAUAUUUUUCGUCGUUUGUGUGGUUCGUAAAUGUGUGAUUUUGGUUAUUGUUUUUUUUGAAACGUGUUUUGUUGUGUGUUUUUUCGUCGUCGUCGGCGGCGGGUGUUUUUUUUUAUCAAGUGUAAAAUUUUUCGUUUUCGCCCGUCGUGUAUAGUAGAGUAUAUAAGAUUCAUUUGUCACCAUGAUGUGCAAAUACCUACGGAAGAUUGUAAUUAAAACAGGUCAAUAUAAUGUUUGAUUGUAAUAAGCUAUAGAUGGCACCGCACGCUUUUCAGUAACUAUUGAAUUGUGACGAUUUGUCAUACAUACGGCCCAUUUCGUUAUUAUUUUUUCCAACUCGGUUUUUAUUGUUUUGUUGGAAAAAGUUACUCGCCAAGAUCGGUAUAUAUAAUAUUUCGGUGAAAGAUCAUUGUUUCGAUUUUUCUUUUACGUGUGCGGUUAUAUAUGUGUUGCGAGUUAUUCGAGGUUAAAUUAAUAAUUAAAUUGUUAUUCUCUCUUUGUUACUAUGUUUACGUGUAAAUUUGUGUUUUUUCAAUCGAACCAAGUGAUAGGCGAAAUCAUUUUUUGACCAUUGUUAAUCAAGUGCGCGUCUUCGAUCUUCGUUUGUGUUGUACAUCGUAUCAUGUUACCUUGGCUACUGCAAUAAGAAAAAAGGAAACAAAAUACCUAUCAUUUGGAAAAAAAAUUCAAGAAAUUAUAUCAUCGAUGUUAUGGUUUUGUCUAUGACGCGACAAUAAACUAAUAUGUUCAGCAUGUGAUAAUUGAAAGCCAGUGAAAAAUCGAAGUAAAAAUCAUCGUCGACGAAGAUAGAGAAGAAAAAAAAAAGAGGAGAGACACUCCGACCAAAUUCUACGCCCAAAAUUUUUACCUUCUACUCGUUUGAAACGUGUGUAUACGCGUAUACAUGCACGUGUCGGAGAACGACGAAUGAUGAACGAAGUUGACUGGACCGUAGACGACGAUCAGCUGACCAGCGGCGUUUACGUUGGCGACGUUUAGUAUCCAGCUAUGGACUCGUAUGAUUUAUUCGGCGAAGAUGUCGGUGGCAGCGUUUUGGACGGACUAUCAGAUCUGGGAGGCGACAACUUCGACCCGGCGGCACGCGGCGCAGGCGGGCCGCCGGCAACGGGCGGUUACGGCGUGCCGCAGUCUGCGUAUCCGCAUCAGAUCGGCGGCCACGCGCCACCUGCCGCAGACAUGCAUCAGGAAUCGCCGCUGCAAAAACUGGCCAGUUUCGGAGGAGAUUACUCGGCCGCCGCCAAUCACAUGGAGGCGGGCGGACAAUCGCUUUUCCAUCCGAACCACGCCGGCGCCUACGACGCGGGCGGCGGUCGAGCACCCGGUAUGGGCGCGAACGCGAGCUACGGCAGAUCAGCGAUGAUGCCGCAAUCUCGACACGCGUCCGGUCCACCACCCGGUGCCAAUCAGUACGCGCCGUAUUGUCCGCCGGAGGCGAUGUACGGCGCGGCCGGCGGUCACGGCAUGGACAGCAUGCAAGCGUGGAACAACUAUCCGCCGACCAGUAUGCGACACUAUCCGCAAAUGGCGGCAGCUGCGGCCGCCGCUGCUCAGAAUCCGUAUCGGCAGCAGUCGCAUAUGAACUACCAGCAACCGGCGCCUCCGCAACAGCAAUCCGACGGCCAAGGCAAAUCGCAAUAUCCCUCGCAGCCUGGUAUGAUGAAUUCGAUGCUGCAACCCACCCACCAAAACAUUCCAUCCAGCAGCGCCUCGUCAGCGGCCGUUUACCAGCAACAGCAACAACAGCAGCAACGAGCGCAACAACAACAACCCCAAGGCCCGGGCGGCCACAAUUACCAAAACAUGCUGUACUCGAACGCGGCCCCGGCCGGGUACGGCGCCUACGGCCAAAUGAGCGCGCCGCAGCAAAACUCGCAAUCGUCGCGCGGCGUCUCGUCCCACCAUAUGCAGCAAUACUCGCAGCAGGGUCCGCCCCAACAGCCCGGACCGCCGCCCCAAUCGCAAUCCACGUCGCAGCAGCAGCAACAACAACAGCAGCAGCAGCAGCAACAACAACAGCAACAGCAGCAGCAGCAACAACAACAGCAGCAGCAACAAAUGCAACAGCAAAUGAACGACAUCGGCGGUGCGCCUAACAGUUACAAUCACAUACAGUCGCAAAUGUCAGCGGCGCAUUCCGCCUUCAGUCAGCAAUCGGUGCAGAGGCCUAUCGGCAUCGAAGUGCAGCCGGGCGCCGGACCGCAGUACCAGUCGGCGGCGCAGCAAGCUCAAUCCAAACCGCAUACUAGUCCACAGAGCGCGAGCCAGUAUCGCGCCUCGUUUCCGCAACUCUCGCCGCAGAUGUCACCCCGGCCGCAGAUGUCGCCUCGUCCUCAGAUGUCUCCGCGGCCGGUCAUGUCGCCUGCCAAGAGCUCGCAUUCGUCGCAUCCGCAUCCGUCGCAACAGCAGCAGACGACCAUGUCACCGCGACCGGGCGCCGGCUCCAAAAACGUCAUACAACCGCCUAGCGGAGGCCCCGGCGGCUAUCCGCAGCAGAGCACGUUGCAGCAGCUCGAACAAAUGGUUAUGCCGUCUACGAACUCGAGCCCUACCGAAUACCCGGCGUAUCGAGGCAGUACCCAGCUGACGCCGCCGCAUCACUGGCAAUCGCCGCGAACGCCCAACAACAGCCUGCAGAACAUGUCCGAGCAAGGCUUGUCCGGAUACCCGUCGUCGAUGGGCGGAGGCGACGAUCACGCGCCUUCGGACGCCGGCGGUCCCGGCAAAUCCGGCAUGUCCAUGUCCGAAAUGCAAAACAUUCCGCCGCAGCAGUCGGAUCGCUCCAACGCGCCCAAUAACAUAGACUUCCAACCAGGAUCUCAAGGCAGCGGGCGAUACGGCUCGUCGGUCGAUUCGAUGGGCGGCCAACCUACCCAGCAACACAUUCCGGUCUCGCGGUCGUCCGGCGACGUCAUGGAUCAGCAACAACAGUCUUCCUCGGAUGUGCGCGGCUCGGCCGGCGGCCCCGGAUCGGGCCCGUCGCCGUCGCCUCACCAUCCCGGCAUGCACAACGCUCUGAAUCCGUACGGCGUGCCGACCGGCAGCAUGAUGUACAACGACGCCAUGUCGCCGUACACGCAGCAAAACGGCUCCAAAAUCGACAGCAUGGUACCGGGCCCUAAUGAACCGUCCGAUCGUACCAGAGAAGAGUUACCGCCUACAUCGCAGCCAUCCGGCAGCAUGUACGAUCCACAUUCGCACGCGCAGCAUCAGCCGCAUCCGAUGUAUCAAGUACCCAUUACCCAUCAGCAAGAAAUGGCCGCUAUGCAGCAACAGCUGCAGGAACUGUAUUGUAUGCCGCCCACCGGACCUGAUCAUCAGCAUAGGAUAAAUCGAAUUCAAGAACGAAUAAAUAUGCUCAGACAACACGAAGCCACCGAACAGUGUUUAGGAGGUGUUCAUUGUCCGUUCGCUACGUCCAUUUCGUAUAACUUAGGUGUUAUGGAUAAUUCUAUGGCAAUGCAACAAAUGCCGACCAGUGGCCGAGGCCGAGGCCGAGGUCGAGGUCGGGGUCGAGGCGAAGCGCGAGCAUCGCCUCGGCCGCGUAAAAGUCGCAAAAAAGCGGUAAUGGAGAUGGAAACGCCGAUGUAUUCGCCUCCGAUAUUACCUCCUCACGAAGCGCAUCCGCCUUACCACGAGCAGCCUCCGACGCUGCUGCCGAUGCCGCCGCACAUGACGCCCAACUAUUCGCAUCACGACCUUAACGCUUCUGUUCCUAACCUAAUGCACAACGCGGCCGGUCCGCCGCCGACGGGCGCUGGGCCUCCGACGCCGCAGCCGCAUCCGCCGCCGCCUACAUCAAAUGUAGACCCAUCCGCGUACCAAUCUGUUCCUCCGCAUUUACAACCGAUGCCGCCUCAACUUCUACAUCACCAGCCGCUGCCGGUACCGGUGCCGUUGCCGCCGCACGCGCAGCAGCAGCAACAGCAACAACAACAGCAGCAGCAGCAACCUCAGCCGCCGCAACAACCACCUCAACCACCACAUCAUGAACAACCGCAGCCGUCGUCAGUUCCUCCGCCGCCGAUUCUCGAACAACAGCACGUUCCGCCGGUGCAGUCGAUGCUGCCGAUGCAGCAUCAGCAACCUCCGCAACUCGAAAAAGAAAUCGACGAUCCGAGAACGCGAAUGGAGUACGAACCCGUACCUCCGCCGCUGCCGCAACCGCAUCAGCUGCCGCCUCCUCCGCAUCCGCACGUCGAACAUAUGAUGGAGGCCGAACCACCCACCAUGCUGGAGCCUACGACCGCGCCCAGUAGUCAAGAAAUGGAUAUGGAUCGCGAACACGAUCUCGAUUCGCAACCGUCCGAACUCGGCUCGCAGGAGGAGCCGCAAGACGAUCAAGAUUCCAGACAAGAUACGGACGAUUUCGGCGCUCCGGCCAGCUCCGAGGAUGUGGAGCCGGAUCGCGACGAUUCGUCCGAGAUGCGUAUCGAUUCGCAACCGAAUACCGCAGAUACCGAAGAUCACGACGCUUGCUCUGAUAAAGAAGAGGAGCCCGAAAUCGACCGGUACGCGGAUACGGAAGAAGCGGAUAUCGAAGAUGCUGAAGACGAUGCGGAACCGGAACGCGAUAAUAGUCCGCCUGUUCCGUCGCCGGCUGUGAUAUCACCGAUUGGUGAACAACCUGUUUCGCCCGAUAGGUGCUCGUCGAAUAGCGACCCGCCUAUGUUGACAGCGGAAUUACCGACUGAAUCUUCUUUAAACACUAGCGUAUUCAAUUUUACCGAAGACGAAGAGCCUCCGCCUCCGUUGCAUAUGUCCAUGAACGGAUCUCCUAGAAAAAUCAAAAUGCCGAGGAAACCUCGUAAACCUCGAGAGCCUCGAGAACCUCGAGAACCUAAAGCGCCUAAAGAACCUAAACCUCCUAAAGAACCAAAAGUAAAGUCACCACGAAGGGCGAGAACGCCCAAAACACCUAAACCACGUAAAAGUAAAAAGGAAAGCUCGUCCGAAGAAGUCAACUCGAACACCGAAACUAAACCCAAAAGAAAAAGUAAAAAGAAAUCACUAGCAGCUGAUUUCGAGUCGGCCAAGUCGCCUCGUCUCGAUCAAGAGUCGAUAUCUCACGACGACGCAGUCGAUUCGAAAAGUCGUCCCGAUGCCGAAUCGGACGACUGGUCGGAUACGGCGCCAUUAUCAGCGCUCAAAGACGAGACCAAAGACGAAGACGGUAAAACGAGCACGAACACAACGCAGGAUGCGGAUUGCUCCAAAUUGGACUCUAGUUUUAACGACACAACCGCCGGCUUAUCCGAGUCAUCGACCGUUAAACCCGAAGAAUCCGGCGAAACUGUCGAAGACGAAGUGCCCAAAACGCCUCAAAAUACUUCGCAAACCAAAGCCAAACGAAAACCAAAAUCGAAUCGGUCUGCGAAAUCGAAAAUCGUUACUAGUUCGUCUAAAAAGAAAAGGAAAUCCGGUAUUUUGGGUAAUAACGACGAAUCGGAAGGCGAAGUUGACGAGUUACCGCCAUCACCGGUAGGAAAUGAUGACGAUGCUGGACAGAAACGACGGUCUGCCAGAAAUACUCACCGUAAGAAAUACGUGGACGAUAUUAUGUUAGCUAUUUCGGACGAAGACUCGAGAAAGUCGCCGUCUCCCGUUCAACGUAAUACCGAAACUACCAAAUCCUCUACUCCUGAAAGAUGUGGAUCUCAUUUUUCAGAUUCGGCUGUGAAACCCAAUUUUAUUUAUGUAAAUACCACGGACGAAGAUUCAAUGGUUGUGCAAUACAUAUUAGCUUCGAGAACAGUUACCAGGAACAAAGCAACCGUCAACGAAAACCAAACCAAUACCACUGGUGAAGCAGCAGCUGACGAUUCGGCCGCUGCCGCUGCUGCCACCGACGACAAAACCGAACCUAAAGAUGACCAAACCGAACAAGUCAACGGAGAAGAAAAUACCUCUGCUCCGAAAGAAGAAGAAUCGACGGCUGCAUCGACGUCAGCUUCGGAAGAAGCUGAUAAAAGCAACGUUGAAGCCGAACCUGCUCCUAAAGAGAAAGAAAAGGAAAAGGAAAAAGAAAAAGAGAAGGAUAAGAGUAAAGAAAAAGAUACCGAUAAAGACAAAGAUGACGAUGACGACGAUGAAGAAAAGAAAGACGACGGAGAAACCGAAGAAGUCGAAGAGUAUUACGUCAAGUAUAGAAAUUUUUCCUAUUUGCAUUGCGAAUGGAGGACCGAAGAAGAGCUCUUCAAAGGUGAUAAGAGGAUCGCCGCUAAGCUCAAAAGGUUCAAGCAGAAGAUGGCUCAUAAUACGAAUAUCUUCGAAAAUCUCGAAGAAGAACCUUUCAAUCCCGAUUACGUCGAAGUAGACCGUGUUCUAGAUCUAGUCGAACAAGUCGAUCCGGCCACCGACAAAACCAUCAAGCAUUAUCUAGUGAAAUGGCGAUCUCUACCGUACGAAGACAGCACGUGGGAACUCGAAGAAGAUAUCGAUCCUAUUAGAAUACAGCAAUAUGAAAAAUUCAGCAAAAUACCGCCGAAAGAUCAAUGGAAGGCGAAGAAAAAGCCUCCUCCUAGCGAAUGGAAACAAUUGGACGAAUCGCCAGUGUACAAAAAUGACAACACAUUACGAGAAUACCAAUUGGAGGGCUUGAACUGGUUAAUGUUCUCGUGGUAUAAUGGACGAAAUUGUAUCUUGGCCGACGAGAUGGGUUUGGGUAAAACGAUCCAAUCUAUUGCAUUUAUUCACGCGGUAUGGAAAUGCGGAAUACGAGGACCGUUUCUGGUCAUCGCUCCUCUAUCGACUAUUCCUAAUUGGCAGAGAGAAUUCGAAGCUUGGACCGACAUGAAUGUAAUCGUGUAUCACGGAUCAUCGGCCAGUAAACAAAUGGUACAAGAGUACGAGCUGUAUUACAAAGGUCCCAAAGGCGUUAUCAAGGAUAUAAAUAAAUUCAACGUGCUGAUAACGACGUUCGAAAUAAUAAUUUCCGAUUGUAUGGAGCUGAAAGAUUUUAAUUGGCGUGUUUGCGUCAUCGACGAAGCUCACCGACUGAAAAAUCGCAAUUGUAAAUUAUUAGAAGGUCUGAGACUGCUCAACUUGGAACAUAGACUGUUACUAUCGGGAACGCCGCUGCAAAACAACGUCAGCGAGCUGUUCUCGUUACUUAAUUUCCUCGAACCUAGUCAAUUCAAUAGUCAAGAAGCAUUUUUACAAGAAUUCGGCGCCUUGAAAACGGACACCGAAGUGCAGAAAUUACAAGUGUUGUUGAAACCGAUGAUGCUGCGUCGAUUAAAAGAAGACGUAGAGAAAUCUAUCGCUCCUAAGGAGGAAACCGUCGUCGAAGUGGAACUUACCAAUAUCCAGAAGAAAUAUUAUCGUGGUAUUCUGGAGCAUAAUUUUACAUUUUUAUCCAAAGGUACCACUUCGGCCAAUAUACCUAAUUUAAUGAACACCAUGAUGGAGUUGAGGAAAUGUUGUAUUCAUCCUUAUUUACUAAACGGAGCCGAAGAUCAAAUUCAACACGAUUACAGAAUAUCCCAAGGUGAAGAUCCGGACGCUUACUACAAAGCUUUAAUCCAAUCUUCUGGUAAAAUGGUGCUAAUCGAUAAACUGCUACCGAAAUUGAAAUCCAACGGACAUCGUGUACUGAUUUUCAGUCAGAUGGUUCGGUGUUUGGAUAUCAUCGAAGAUUAUCUCGUAUUUAGAAAAUACCCAUUCGAAAGAUUAGACGGCCGGAUCCGUGGUAACUUACGUCAAGCUGCCAUCGAUCGGUUCUGUAAACCAGAUUCCGAUCGGUUUGUGUUCCUUUUAUGUACUAAAGCCGGAGGUCUCGGUAUUAAUUUAACCGCUGCCGAUACGGUCAUCAUUUACGAUAGUGACUGGAAUCCUCAGAAUGAUUUACAAGCUCAAGCUCGAUGCCACAGAAUAGGUCAGCAGAAGAUGGUCAAAGUGUACAGAUUAUUGUGUAGAAACACCUACGAAAGAGAGAUGUUCGAUAAAGCUUCACUGAAGCUCGGUCUUGAUAAAGCUGUGCUUCAAAGUAUGAAUACCUCGCUGCAAGGCAAAGAAGUCAGUAAUAGUAAACAACUCACGAAGAAAGAAAUCGAAGACUUGCUGAAAAAAGGAGCCUACGGCGCCAUUAUGGAGGAAGACAACGCCGGCGAUAAGUUCUGCGAAGAAGAUAUCGAUCAAAUUCUAGAACGGAGAACUCAAGUAAUCACCCUCGAGAGUGAAAAAGGAUCAACUUUCUCGAAAGCCUCGUUCGCAUCGAGUGGUAUUCGUCAAGAUAUCGACAUCGACGAUCCCGAUUUUUGGAAAAAAUGGGCCAAGAAGGCGGAAAUCGACCCGACCGAAAGGGACGAAAUGACCGAAUUGGUGAUUUCGGAGCCCAGAAGGAGAACGCAAAUCAAAAGGUACGGUCACGAUGAAGCCGUUGUCGACAUGUCUGACUUGGAGACGUCUUCUAUCGAUUCUGACGAAGAUACAGCCAUCGGCGUCGGUCGAGGAAGAGGUCGAAGAGCUAAGAACAAAUUGAAAAAGACUAAAAAUAAAUAUUUCAUGGACGAUUACGUGCCCAGAGAUGGCGAAGUUAUGUACGGAUGCUGGAGCCGUAGCGAAUGUUUCAAUGUCGAAAGAGGGUUGUUGACUUAUGGCUGGGGUCGAUGGUCCGAAAUUCUCGCCACCAACGAAUUCAGAGAUGGCUGGAAAGAAAGCGACAUUGAAGAUUGCGCUCGUGUCAUUAUGCUGUACUGUUUACGAUUCUACAAGGCUGACGAAAAAAUCAGGCAAUUCGCUUGGGAAUUAGUGACUCCCGAUGACGUACCUCCCGAAUUCGCCGGCGCACCUAAAGACUCGAUGAAUGAAAAUAAUCCAUACUGCCGAAGUCUAAAAAGAAAUAAGAAAUUGAAAAUCAAAGACGGUAAAAGUAUAGACGCUUCACCGGUCGAAGAAGUCGAACAUUGGAGUCGAUCGGAUAAAUUCGACUGUGAUCUGUUUCUCGACAGCAAUUACCGUAAACAUUUAAGUCGUCAUGCUAACAAAGUCUUAUUGAGAGUCAGAAUGCUGGAUUACCUGAAACACGGUAUUAUCGGAGAUUACGCUCAGCAAAUUGCCGAAGGUGUAUCCGCCAGCACUUUACCGAUUAAUCCACCUCAUUGCGAUCAAGCUCCAACUACGUGGUGGGAUAAAGAUGCCGAUCGAUCAUUACUAGUCGGAACGUAUAAACAUGGUUACGAAGCCUAUGCUCAAAUGAGAAGUGAUCCAGCUCUAAGUUUCUUAGCUCGUUGCGGUCCUAAUCCACCUCCAAUACUAGAAGAAAAAGAAGUCGGUAAACUGAGCGAUGCCGACGAAGGAGGAUCCGAACCACCAACUCUAUCGGAGGAAUUCCCAUCUCAGCCAUCGACACCGAUGACUGUCGCUGACGACUCGGCCCGUGCUGCUACACCGGCUGCCACCGAAGAGGAUACCAAUCGUGCUCCUUGGCCAUCGGUUGGAGAUCUCAAUAACCGACUUAGAAGAGUGAUAACAUCUUAUCAACGUAAUUUCAAAAAAGAAGAACUCAAAUUAGCGCAGAAAGCAAAGCAGCUGAGUUACGUGGCCGAUUUGCAUGCGCCCACACCAUCUACCACCAUCGGGCCGGCCUCUUCGCACGUAUCCGUCGGCACGAGCACGGCCACUAUACCCGUGGACGUGGCCUCCCUAAUCAACCCGCACUCCGGAUGGGAUUGGCAACAGCUGGCCAUGUACAUUUGGAAAUUCGAACGGAAAGAGAAAAUCGAGCAGAUGUAUCGUGAAAAGGAACGUCAAAGAGUCGAGAUCACCCAACGAAAAUGGUCUAAACGAGAGGAACAAGAAUUUUACCGAACUGUGUCAACUUAUGGCGUGGAAUUUGACAGGGCGAGAAAUCGUUACGAAUGGAGCAAAUUCCGAUCGUUAUCGAAACUAGAGAAAAAAUACGAUGAAACGAUGACCGAGUACUAUCGAGCAUUUAUUGCUCUUUGUAAGAAAGUCUGCGGGCUCAAAUUGACCGAAGACGAAGAGAGUGCCGAUUUCCCAGUCGAAAUGAUCAACGAAGAAAAAGCUCGACGUGCUUUAGAACGAAUAAAUUUGUUGAACAAAAUUCGAGAAGUAAUAUUGCCUCAUCCUUUACUCGACGAACGUCUCAAGUUAUGCCAAUUAUCAGCCGAUGUACCCGAAUGGUGGGUGCCUGGCAAACACGAUAAAGAUUUACUAAUCGGAGUCGCAAAGCACGGACUCGGUCGAACGGAUUUCUAUAUUUUGAACGAUCCCGAACUAUCGUUCAGAGAAAUAGUGAAUAAAAAUGUAAUGUCGGUUGUGAGCGGAGCCGGAUUCAAAACCGAGAUACCACCGGCUGUGAAAAUCGAGAAAACCGAAGAUAUCGUACGCGUUGACCAGAAUCAAAUCGUGGUGACUUUGGAGAAAGGCGAAGGCACGCUGCAAAUUGAGAAAAUCGCCGCUGUGAAGAAAGAACCAGCCAGUGAAGAUCUCGUCGUGACGACUGCCGGCGAAACGACGGUUACGCCGGUUAUCGUUGGCGGCGCUGAUGCUGCGACUGCUAUAGUUAAAAGCGAGCCUUUAGAGACUACCACCACUGGGUCGAAUGAUGCUUCGACUGAGAAAAUCGCCGAUUCUGUGAAGACUGAAGAACAACAGACAUCCGGCGAUGAAGGUGCUAAACCCGAUGUUGAUGUGAAACCCGAUGUAGAGUGCGAAAAACGAGACGAAGAGGAGAAAGAAACCACCACCGACAAAGACGCCGGAUCCGUUUCCGAUCGCGCCCCUAGUCCGGCCGCCGAAUCCGAAGACGUCACAGCCGAUAAAUCAGCUGACGACGAACGAAUGGACGUCGACGAACCGCCAUCAUCAGAUUCGUCACCGGUCAAAGAACCCUCGUCUUCGAAAUCGAAGGAAUCGCUCGUCGAAGACGAACCCACCGAAAACGUCACCGACGAUAGCGAAAGCAAACCCGCAGAUUCGUCUAUCGAAGAACGACCACGAACACCUGCUUCUGUCGAAGACUCAUCCUCGGCAGUAGGCAAAGACGAAUCUGUAGCCACAGACGAUCAACCCGCUUCUCCAGCCAAGUCCACCACGGACGAAACAUCCGCUGCGGCCAAAACAUCGGACGAGUCUAGUAAAAUGGAUGUAGACGAAGACACCGCCAAAGAAGAAUCUUCAACUUCGGUUUCAGUCGAAUCUAAAGAAGUUCAAUCAGUCGCCAAGACCGAAGAAACCGAAAGCGAAGUCGAAAAAGACGAAAGCGUCGUGAAAUCUGUCGCUGAAGAUAAGAAACCACUCGAAAUAGUCGCCAAGAAGGAAACCUCUUGUGGAACUGCGUCGGCUAUGGAGAGUGUGGGCAAAUUGAAAGCCCUGUUCCCCGAAUUAGAAGUCAUGCGAAAGAGCACCGACGGUACCGAAAGUUCGAAUUUCAACGCCAGUGCCGCAGCUGCAGCCGCUGCCGCUGAUAAACAAGCCAAAGCGUCUCAGCUGGAGAAAACUUUCGCCCAGUUGAUCGCUCAAAGUUACCAGAAUCCUAUUAAAUGGCCUAAAGAACAUGCAAUUAUCAUCAGAUUGCAGCAUAUAGUCGAAUGCGUCGAGAACGGCGAAUGGCCGGUUAGUAGAACGUUCUCGGCUUACGGAAUGCCCGGCAUGAACACCUCCAAUAUGGACGUAGAUCGAGACAGCGGCACUCCGAAGAGAGACACGUUGACACCGUGCUCGUUACCAGAUGGAUCCGAGAUGAUUACCAUUACCACCGAUCACGCUUUCUCCGCUGGUCGAGUAUCGGCUGCGGCUGCGGCUGCCGCGGCAGCAGCAGCAGCGGCGGCGGCGAAUAGCAAUAUACCCGCGGCUGUGUUCAAUACCAAUCCAUCUUUGUCAAUUACGCCGACCGGACCGGGCGGUAUUAAGCGUAAGAGGCAUAUUGCCAUCGAUGUGGAGACAGAAAGAGCUAAAUUACACGCUUUACUCAAUAAUAAUAUUCAGGCCGCUCAUAGCGGUAAACAGGCUACGUUACCGACGUGGGAUCCUACCGAGGAGGAGGAUACGAGACGUUCGACGUCCAUUCAAACGUCACAUAUUCAACCACCUCCGGCCCACCAACAUUCCUCAUCCAGUAUCAGAUCGUCGCAAAUCACAGCUAUGCCUUUCGAUUUGAAAUUCCACUCGAAUGUGACCAAAAGUACACCGAAUACGACUCCCAGCAGCGCUUCUAGCAACGCUCCGAUGGAUUUAUCGGCUGGCGGAUCUUCGAAAUCGAACGAGGGCGGAAGAUGCGUCGGUAUCGAUUUAAGUUCAUCGUCCAAAGGUGGAAAUACCGGAGCAUCUGGUAACGAUUCGAAUUCGAUGAUGGACGAAGUGCAAGAUUUCUCGAUGCCGAGUAAAAGUCGACACUCGAAUCAGUUCCAACAACCGGCUGCGUUAUCCAGCUCGUUCCAACAGUCUCAAGGACCAGCUUCGAAGAGCAAGUUGGACGAUAUGUUGACCAAACUUAUGCAAAAGAAGAAUUGCCCCGUACCUGUCGAAGAGCCGGUACUCGGUAAAGAGAAAAAGAAACGUAAACUAGACGAAAUCGUACUCGGUCUGCGAGAACAACAAGCCACACCCGGUAGCAACGCUUCGGGCAGCGGCUCAAGCGGCAGCGCCGGAGUAUCCGAAAUGAUCCCGAAAAAAUCACCCGUCUCGCCUUCGCCCAAUUUCGCCGGAAACACGGGCAAGAAUUCGUCAUCCAGUGCCGCUUCGCAACUGUUAUCCAGAUCGUUGGGCGCAGUCGCCGCAGCCGCAGCUAGUGGUAAAUCGGUCGACCUGUCGUCGUAUUUCGGCGACCAACAGUACUUGCUGAAACAGCAGCAGCAGUUAUUCCAACAGCAACAAAGUCAAGGUCAUAAAGUUCCUCUACCGCCGUCUAGCGCUUCGUCAGCGGUGGCUGCGGCCGCAGCUGCGGCAGCGUUGUCUGCAACGCAACGUGGUAAAUCUUCGUACGAGGCCAUGAUCGCCGAUAUCACCAAAGGUGGUAAUGAUCUCGCUGCCAAGAUGAACAGCAGCGCGUAUUCGUCCCAUGAUGCUAAGGUUAAUAAAUGGCUGGCUGAACAACAUAUGCCGGAACAGACUUUAUCCGCUGAGUUCUUAACCGCGCCGAGAAGAAGAAGGCCUAGAGUUGACCCAACCCUAUUAGACUGGAAGAAAUUGAGCGGCGAGGAGAACGUGUCCGUUAUUAAUCGAGAAACCGGCAAGAAAAAGUAUAAAUUUUCAGAAGAUUCCAAACAAUUGACCGGCAGCAAAGCGCCAACAUUGAAGAAACUGGCCAGCUGGCUGAACGACAACACGCAAUACGACGUCGAUCCCAAAUGGGCCGAGCUAGUGAAAGAACGAGGCAACCUACCGCACGACUUGCAAAAACGUUUACCGUUGGAUCGUAAAAAGGGCCCGGGACGACCACCGAUCCUGGCCAGUCCUCCGACAUCGCAAGCGCAAUCCAUGAGUUCUGGUAACUCGCACAUACCUACCUCGUUAGCCUCCAAUCUACCAUUCUCAUCGCUGGCCUCAGCCGCAGCCGGACUAGGCGCGAUGAAUCCGUCGUCGUUGCUGAACAGCUUGUCUAUGGGUAAUUUCGAUCCUAAGAACCCACUGCUAUUCCCGUUGGCAGCCGGAGUACCGAAUAUGGGAGCCGCGUUGAGCGGUAUGGGUGGUCUGAGUAAUAUGAACUUCUUGGCUAAUUUGGCCGGAUUCAGUUUACCCGGAUUGGCUGGAAUGGAUGGCAGUUCGCUUUCGGUGGAUCACGGCGGAAGUGGGAACCAAGGCAGCGGUAACACCGGUAGCUCCAGAGGUGACGGUGGCCAGCAAAUGAAAUCUAGUAAGAAUCGCAAUAAACCGGAUAGCGGAAGUGGGAGCGGUAGCAGUUCGAAGAAUCCGGCUGUGUCGACCGCAUCCAGUAUGUCGUCCGGGUUCCCGUUAUUCCCGUUCAAUCCGAGUCUGUUGUAUACGCCUUUCGGGCUAUCGGGUUUGAAUCCUUUGACGUUACAACCGGGAUCGUUACCGCCGGCCUACGAUAGUCUGGCUUUACUUAACGGCAGCCUCGGAGGUAUCACUUCGAGCGCUUCUCAAACCUCUACUACGUCUAGACAUAAGAGCAGUACCAGCGGCAGGAGCUCGGCUAUGGUUACUUCGACGAACGCAACGUCGUCUUCUCCGUCGACCGGCAGAUCAUCGAGUAGUCGAUCGGGAACGCCUCAUUCGCAAUUCCAAAUACCGGAAAGUCAUCUGAUGGAGAGUUUGACGAAAUCGAGAAGCGGCGGCGACGGAUCGUCGUCGAAGAGUAACCGUAACCGCGAAAUCGAUUCGAUACGUCACCUGAUGUCGGGUAUUUCGCCCUCGUUGGGUGUAUUCGACGCGAAGAAGCUGAAAGAGCACCAAGAAAUGUUCGAGAACCUUAACCUGAAUAGUAAAUUUUCGCCCGAUUUAUUCGCUCGUUUACCAAGUCACGGAAGCAGUUCGUCUUCGGCGGCCGACGAACGCGCCGCUAAAUCUCACAGCGCUACCAGCGAUCUGAUGGAGAAACUACUCAAACGUUCGGCUCCGAUCGAGCAAAACAUACCAUCGAGCGUGGAACGUCCGUCGAAACGUGCCAAAGAAUCGAGUCCGGUAUCAGUCCCGUUGCCGGUACCGGCCAUGAGUAAACUGUUCGGCAACGGAAUCGCAGCUGCUGCGGCCGCAGCCGCUGUCGCAGCGGCGGCCAACGCCAACGCAUCUACCAGUACACCUCCGUCGACGACACCCGCAGCCACCACGGUGGCCAGCAACCUGGUCGAUUUCAGCGUGACAGCUACGACGGCCGCUAGCUCGGCGCCGUCGUCGGCCGGAAUCGAUCUAAGUGAACGGAAAGAAUCAUCGGCCGGAUCCGAUCUGUCCGCAACGGCGGCGAUAUCGUUGAGCACGAAAUCAGCGAGUUCGUCGCCUUCGGUGAAACCAGAACGAACGAAAACGCCCGAAACGUCGACGACACCGACACCGACACCGGUCCCUCCACCUCCCAGGACCCCUUCACCUGUCGUCAACGAACCUAUCGAAUGUGUCAAACCGAUCGUCGAAGUGACUCCGGUCCAAGCGGUCGAAGAACCGAUUGACGAGCCCAGUGAGAUGGCCAUGGCCGCCGCAGAUGAUAUCAGCGAGCCCAUGGAACUGAAAGUAGACGCAGCGCCGGCCGCUGCCGAAUCGACGAGCUCGACUAGUCCGCCUCAUUCGCCUUUAUCGGCCGACAAAGACGAUCCGGCGUCUCUGAACAAGAAACGUAAACCGAGAAACAAAAAGAAUAUCGCCAGCGUUAUGAAUACCGAAGACGCUGUCGAAAAGAAAAACCUAAGGAGUAGUGCCGGACGAGCGGCUGCUGCGGCCGCAGCUCGUAUCGCCCGAGCAGCCGCAGCCGCACAAGACGAACAAACCGCCGAGUGUAAAAAAGACGACGAUUCGGCCGCCGUGUGACGUAAUUUUAUACGCUAAUUCGUUUUUUUUUCAUUUAUUAUAAUUAUUUGAUUUUUUUUUUAAAUGUAGAAUUUGUUGUUCGUAUGUUUUUUUUCUUCUCUUUUAUUUAUGUCUCAUUUGUCUAUAUAUUUGUCUCUCGAUGAUUUUUUUUUUGCUAUUUUAAGCGUGAACGGACAUCUUCGUGUAUUUGUUUAUUAUUAUCAUUAUUUUUUUUUUUUGAUUUUCUCUCUGUUUUCUAUAUUUUAAGAAACGAUUAUUAGACGAUGGAGAAUGUUUUUCUAAGCGUAGCUUCUCUCUCCUGUUUUUAAAGUAAUUGUUAGGUUUUUUUUCUUUUUUUUUUUCGUGUAUUUAUUUUAUUGGUUUUUCGUGUCGCAAAAAUGUUUAUGUACAUAGAAUACGUAUAAUUGAUAAUGCGACGACGAAGAAUUUUUUUUUAUUUUUCUCGAUGAAAAAUCUUGUAAUAUAAUUUGCCACGAACGAGACGAUGUGGUUUUUACGAAAAAUCGCGAUUCUGUUUUUUUUUGUUUUUGUUUUUUUUUACGCUAGAAAAAUCAAAAUAUCUUACUCGAAAUUCUAGUGAUAAUCUUUCGCAAUUUUUUUUUUAAUUUUUUUUUUCGAUGUAAAAAUCUCGAAAACAUUGUUUUUAAUUUUUUCCCCCCUGUCUUAUGGUUCUUUGGAUUUUAUUUGAUCGAAAGUUCGAUGAUUUUAAAUGUUCGAUAUAGUUUUUAUUUUUUACGCCUAUUUAUGAUGAGUGUACUUUUAAUUGUUUAUUUUAAUUGUUAUUAUUGUUAUUUUAAACAACCUAUUUAAUCGAUUAUAAUACGAGAAUUUCCUACGAAAUUAUUAAAUUGAUAUCAAAACGAUAUAGGGAUUGAAUGACUGAUAAACGAAAGGUUUUAAUUGAGUUUGAAACGAGGAGAGAAUUUCAAACCGAAACGAAAGAAAUUAGAAAAUGCGCGAUUUUUAUUGAAAUUUUUUUUUUAAAAAAAACCCCUAGUUAAAAUUGGCAAUUCGAAAAGAGUAAAAAUAUCCAAUAAAACUCGUUAAUAAAUUUUUAUGUAAAGAUAAAAUUAUUUUAAUUCGUUAUUUCUUUCCUAUAUUUUUUUUUUGUUUUUUUUUUAUUCGGUAUUUGAAAAAAUGAAAAAAAAAUCAUCGCUUGUUUUAUGCAUUCAUUUUUUUUGUACAUAAAUGUACCACACCUAAAAGAGGCAAAAUUGGAAAAAAAAAUUAAUUUGAAAAAAAAAAUCAAUUUGUACAAAAAUGUGUACUUGUUUAUGUGAAUUGAUAAAAGUAUGUUAUUAUGCAAUAUGAAUAAUGGGCUCUCUAACGAAACAAAAGAUAGAAGAUAGAAUGAAAACGAAUCGAUUCGACGAGCAAAAACAGUAAAAUGAAAAUAAAAUGUUAAAUCUACAUGAAAUUUUUCUCGAAAAAAAAAAAAAACGUGCGACGACUUAUUUUCGGUAAAAGUUUACUGUGAUAGUCUGUUUUUAAUAUUUUUAUUUUUCAUAUUGCACUAACAACUUGGUUAAAUACGCUUUUUAUUAUUGUGAUUACGUAUAUAAUUUUAUUUAUUGUUCUUUUUUCCCCCCUUGAUUAUUUGUGUAAUUUUUUUUUAGCGCAAUCCCAGUAUUGAUAAUAAUUACUCCAGUAUUAUUUUGCUGGCUUAGCUGUUGGCAGCUUUUGUGUGUGUGUGCGUGUGGAUUUUAUUUAUUCCAUUUUUAUUUUUCUCUAUAUGAGUUUUCCCCCUCUCUUUCUCUAUCUCUCUAUAUUUCUCUCUCUCUCUCUCUCGUGUAAAUAAAAAUUAUGAUGUUAUAACGAAAACGAAAAAAAAAAAUUUCGGAUGCGGAGGUUUAUUGGAUAAUUAAUUACGACGUUGUAUAUCGUGUAUAAUUUUUUUUUCUCUUUUCUACGUUAUGAUAUUUUUAGGUAUAUGAAAUUUAUAAAUAUUAAUGGUGUAUGUGAGUAUUCAUUGUGAAACCCCUUCUCCCUUGCUCCUCUUUGCCCUUUUUGAAAAAGUUUCAGCGCAAGUAAUUUAUUUUUGCAAAGUGCAACAAGUAUAUGAAUUGGUUUGUGUAUGCGCGUGUUUGUAUAUUCGAUAUAUGUUUAUACGAUUAUAAAUGUUUGUUCUGUCUUUUUUUUUUUUUGGUGUAUAUAAAAUAUAUAUAUCACAUAGUUAUUAAUUAAUUUAUAUUUAUAAACAAAUAGGAAUACAUAUUAUUGUAAAAAUCACAUUAAAUAAACAAAAUUUCCUAA